AUUAAAAGAUUAACUUUGAGCCUUCAGCCUCUUCUUUAGCAUGAACUGUGGGUAGUGGUGUGUUUCCUAACACCUCCGGCAGUGAGCCAGGCUUUGAGUGACUGUGUCUAAACACCGCUUUCCCUGAGGACUGGAAGAUGUUAGAAUCAGGUCCAGAAAUGUCCUUGGUGUGUCUGACAGACUUUCAGGCCCACGCACGAGAGCAUCUGUCUAAGUCAACUCGGGAUUUUAUUGAAGGUGGAGCUGAUGACAGUGUCACGCGGGAUGACAACAUUGCAGCAUUUCAAAGAAUUCGCCUCCGUCCCCGGUACCUGAGAGAUGUGUCUGAGGUGGACACCAGAACCACAAUCCAAGGGGAGGAGAUCAGUGCCCCUAUUUGCAUCGCACCCACAGGGUUCCACUGCCUUGUCUGGCCUGAUGGGGAAAUGAGCACAGCAAGAGCUGCCCAAGCAGCUGGUAUCUGCUACAUCACCAGCACAUUUGCCAGCUGUAGCCUUGAAGACAUUGUUAUUGCAGCUCCCGAAGGCCUCCGAUGGUUCCAACUCUAUGUGCAUCCAGACCUGCAGCUGAACAAACAGUUGAUCCAGAGGGUAGAAUCCCUAGGUUUCAAAGCUUUGGUAAUUACUUUGGAUGCACCUGUAUGUGGCAAUAGGCGACAUGACAUUCGAAACCAAUUGAGGAGGAACUUAACACUAACAGAUCUUCAAUCACCUAAAAAGGGAAAUUCAAUACCUUAUUUCCAGAUGACUCCUAUCAGCACUUCUCUCUGCUGGAAUGAUCUCUCCUGGUUUCAGAGCAUAACUCGAUUACCCAUCAUCCUUAAAGGGAUUCUGACAAAAGAGGAUGCAGAGUUAGCUGUGAAGCACAAUGUCCAGGGCAUCAUUGUUUCCAACCAUGGUGGGAGGCAGCUUGAUGAGGUUCUCGCUUCAAUUGAUGCUUUGACAGAAGUGGUGGCUGCUGUAAAGGGGAAAAUUGAAGUCUACCUUGAUGGCGGGGUCCGAACUGGCAAUGAUGUGCUGAAGGCUCUGGCCCUUGGGGCUAGGUGCAUUUUUCUUGGGAGACCAAUCUUAUGGGGUCUUGCCUACAAGGGUGAACAUGGUGUUAAGGAAGUUUUGAACAUUUUAACAAAUGAGUUCCACACUUCCAUGGCACUUACAGGUAAGUUAAAAACAUUUUUUUCCCUGAUUUGGAACUUAAAGCAGGAUGGCGAAAGAAUAGGAAUAGCAGUCCUUCCCUCUAGCUGACCCUUUCCUGACAUGGUAGCUGUCCAAAAUAUAGGACAGGCAGGCAACAUUCAAGACAAAGAUUAAGCAGUAUUCUCUGCCCAGUGGAAACCAGAGCUCUCCUCAAGAUCAUUGUCAGUUCUGGGGAGUGUCACCUCUGGCUCUGAAUUCUUGCUUCUGUUGAAUUCAUUCAAUUUGUGGACUAUUGACAUAUCCCAUGCCUGCUGUUUCUGUCCACUCCAAUCAACCCAGGCAUGAAACUCAACUCUUUUCUAUGCUUCUAUUUUUAGGAAAAAACCUUCUCAUUAGUAUAUUUUUGUGAAUAAUACAUUUUGCCAAAGUUAUGGUGCAUACAUCAUAAAUAUGGAAAGAACUCCCAGUUAAACAUUAUGCAGUCUGUUACUGAAUUCUUUCAGCCUUCUUAUCACCAGGGACUUCUCAUUGCCUACUCAAGCCCACAACUCCCCAGCCCCAUAACAUCAUGCCAGCUUCUCUUUCUCCCUUCUUUUACUUAUCUGGAGUUACUCUCUUCAAUCCUUAUGGCCAAUCUGAGCUACAGUCAUAAUUGUACGUAUUAAUUAAUAUCUUCUUCUAAAGAAGAGUCUUUUCCUUUGACAGAACUUUCCUUUAGAAGGCAAUAGUUAUGUGGAAUACUCACCCCAUCUCUUUUACUAUCUAUGUGUCAUAGUCCUCCCUAACAGAUACUUCCUAUAUCCCUGAGCCUUAUCAAAACCAAGAUAAAGAUCAAAGACAUCUAUUGCACACAAGAGUUGAUUUAGAAAAUGCUAAAAUAGGGCUUUUACAUGUUUACCCUGACAUUUUGACACAGCUGUGUUCAGAGAUGACAUGGGCUCAGGUUCACAGAACAAUUCCCAAUGCAAACAGAAUUACAUUAUUCAUUCUGUAUGUAAACCAUUUAUAAGAGUGAGCACAAAGAUCAAGUCAGACUUGUUCCCCUUCAUGAC